GUAAGUGUGAGAAAACAAAUAAAGCUUUCUUGUUUGGUUCCUCUGACUUCCUCUGAUUUCUCUCUCUCUCUUUCUCAGACUUGUCUCAAACUUUUCAAGAACUCAGAUUCGUCUCUUUUCAAUCUCUCUUCUUAAAUCAAGAUCCAAACAUCGAAACUUUGGUUUAAAGAUUUGAAUAAGUCAUAACUCAAAGAUCCAUUAACAUCAAUGGAUAACGACACAAUCUCGACUUCUCUUUAUAACUAGCUCUGUCUUUGUUUUUGCUUUGAAUUAAAUAAAGUUUCUAUAAUGGUGGAAAAAUCUGAUGAUGAAAAGCAUUUUACUCGGUGUUGCUUUCUUUCACAGCUGUCACUGCUGUUUUUUCUUGUAACCCUAAUUUCAUCUGUAGCUUUCCUCUGUUUCUUGAACUCUCAAGGAGUCUCCUCUCUCACAAUAACCAUGGCAAUCUUGUUCGUCUCCUCUUCUGUUUUCUUGUUACGAAUCUUCAAGGAAAAGACAAGACUAUGUUUGGCUGAGGGGUCCCAAGGAGAAGGCUACGAUUAUGAAGAUGAUGAUGAUGAUGAUGGUCUCAUUGAGAUUGAUCUUGUGAGCGAAGAAGCAGAGACUAUAGAGGCAAUGAGAAACAUUAAUCAAAGUCGACUGAGAAUUAGGAUUGAAGAAGAACAAGAAGAAGAUAUUGAUGAUGUGAAUAUGGAAGAAGAUAAUCUUAUUGAGAUUGAUAUUUCCAUUGGAUCCAUUAAAAGACGAAUGUAAUUUAGUUUAAUAGAUCUCAUGAUCACACCAUCGUGUAAUCCGAUUUUUUCAUUUCAAAUGUACAAAGGAAAUCCAACAUUUUAAUAUAUUAUUGUUCUAGAUAUUUGGUGAUUAGGGUUUAGGGUUUUAGGAGAUAUAUAUCAAUCCCUUUU